AUGAAAAAGGUUGCGAAAACGAAAAAGAAAGGAAAAAAGUGCGAAGAACUCGUUCGAGUUGUCUUUGAUGAUCGAUCGACUCUGACCAUCAAUCUGACAAGAAUAAUCACUUUUGACGAGUCUCCGAUGGAUGGCUCUUUGGAGCACGAGAGAGGGCGGUCCAAGUGUAAUAAAAACAUUAAGAAAACGAUGAUUUACUAG